AUGGGGGAGAAGGACGAUUACUACAAACACGUUGCAUUCAAUCACGAUAGCACUCGCUUUGUUUGCGCUUGCAACGAUGGUGUCGAGGUUUACGACUGUGAUCCUCUCAAACUCGCUUUUGGGAGGAACCCAAAGCUUGCAAAGGGUCUCGCCAUCGCUGAGAUGGAGGACAAUCUGAGGCUCUUCCUUUUGGGUGGCGGCAAGUUCCCACUGGAUGACAACAAAAGGGUGGUGAUCUGGGACGAGGUCCAGGGCAGAAUCUCCUCAAAAUCGUACAAUUGCGCGUCUCAAGUCCUGGCGAUCAAGGUCUCGGGCGAUGCUGUGGCGAUUGUGAUGCAAAACAAGGUGGAGCUACAUGUUUACGUCAAGGCAAACGAGACCUCAAGGAUAUACAGCAGCGUCACCACUUGCAACCUUCGAGGAGUGUGUGCCCUAAGCCCCGGAUACGUUCUCGCGAUUCCGGGGCUCUCGGAGGGCGAGGUUCGUAUUCACGCUGCUCACAGGCAUCCCUUCUCGAUCAACGCUCAUGCAAACACACUUUCGUGCUUGGCACUCAGCCAGAAUGGUCGAUUCCUCGCCACUGCGAGCGUGAAGGGGACGGUCGUGAAGAUCUACUCGAUCUCCACUGGCUGGGGGGAGAAGCUUCAAGAGCUUCGAAGAGGCAAAGACAAAGCCGAGAUUUGGAGCAUGGCAUUUUCUCCGGACAAUCACUGGCUAGCGCUCACCAGUGACAAAUGCACAAUUCACGUAUUCAAGUUUCAGCUCAAGACAAAGUCCCACGCCGUGGUAACUUUCAGCAGCAAAGAACCCUAUACCAUUCUCGUCGCCUGCCGGAAUUCCACUUUCUACAAGCUAAAGUUUGAUCCUGCCUUCGGCGGCACAAUGAAACAGGAGAAAUACUGCAUUUUCCCUGAGGUAUAG